AUGAGAAGGAAGACUCCAGAGAAGGGGGAUAAGGAUUGCAAGCAGCCCUACCGCGCACAACAGUGCCGAAACGAGCAGCAGCAGCAGCAGCAGCAGCAGCAGCAGCAGCAGCAACGGCAGCAGCAGCAGCAGCACUGCAUACUUCGGAUUAUAGUGUCUGGGGUUCCGUGCGAGGCAGCAAGCCUCGUAAAGAUUUCCAAGGACGCCUCUGCAGCAGAACAAGGAAAAACCAAAGUGCUGCACUGCAGCAGCAGCAGCAGCAGCAGCAGCAGCGAGGGCAGCAGCAACUGCAGCAUCACCAGCCGCCGCAGAUGCAGCAGCCCCAGAGGCAUCAGCAGCGAGAGCUGCUGCGAAAUAGCAUACAAAACAGCAACCAAAACUACAACAGCUGCAGCAGCAAACGCAACUGUUGCAGCAGCAACAAUAGCAGCAGCAGCAGCAGCAGCAGCAGCAGCAGCAGCAGCAGUAGUCCCACUUAUUCCACGGAUUUGUUGCGUAGAAGAAGCUUUUGAUUUGCUCAUAGGUCGUUUGGUUUGUUGCUAUCUGAGCGCAAAUAGCAAAACAGGCCGCAGCGCAGCAGUGCAGCAGCAGCAGCAACAGCAGCAGCGCAGCAGCAGCAACGCAGCAGCAGCAACGCAGGAAGCCCAGCAGCAACAACAACAGCAGCUCACCAAGACCAGCAAGACCACCAGCAAGCGACCAGCCAGCGCAAAAGCAGCAGCAGCAGCAACAGCAACAGCAGCAGGAGCAGGAGCAGCAGCCCAACCAUCCCCACCACCACCGUCAGCAGCAACAACAGCAGCAGCAGCAGCAGCAGCACGAGCAGCCCAACCACCCCCACCAGCAACGGCGACAGCAGCAGCAGCAGCAGCAGCAGCACGAGCAGCCCAGCCACCCCCACCACCGCCACCAGCAGCAAGAACAAAAACAACAACAACAACAACAACAACAGCAACAGCAGCAGCAGCAGCAGCAGCAGCAGCAGCAGCAGCAGCAGCAGCAGCAGCAGCAGCAG